UAAGAUUCCAGGUUAAGUUGUGUCUAAAUUCACUCCCACUGAACAUUACUAUCCUGCUCUUCCAAAUGCAGAGUAAGGAGGAAGCCUUUAACUCUCCCAGAGCUGUGUAGAUAGAUAGAUCAUAGAUAGAUAUGCUUAUAAGUUGAAGCUGUAAACCUCACUACUUUUUCUGUUUGUUUGAGUUGAAAUUGGCUGUUCUGAGCUUUGAAUCAUUUGAACAAUAAUGCCUACACUUGUAUUCUGGCCAAUGGGUGAAAUCUGGGGUUUUGAUCACUCAAUUCAUUAUGAAACUGUUUUGGGCAUUGAUGUUCGCAGUUUUCUACUGUGGAUAUUUGUCCCAAGGGCAAAGGGUUAAUUCAACUCUUUCUGCAAAGCCUAGUGUCGUCAACGUUGGGUGUAUUCUAACGUUGAGAUCUGACAUUGGUAAAAUUACAAAAUCUGUAAUAGAAACUGCAUUAGAAGAUAUCAAUUCUAAUCCAGAUGUUCUUGGAGGAACCAAGUUGAAUCUCUCCAUCGUUGAUGACAGAAACAGUGGAUUGCUGGGGAUAGUUGAAGCUAUACGCUACAUGGAGAUGGACAGCGUGGCCAUAAUUGGCCCCCAAUCUUCAGUCAUAGCUCAUGCGAUUGCCCACAUUGCAAAUGAGAUCCAUGUCCCUCUAUUGUCUUUUUCUGCCACUGAUCCUGCUCUCUCUUCACUGCAGUAUCCAUUCUUUGUCAGGUCCUCACCGAAUGAUAUGUUUCAGAUGGCUGCAAUAGCAUCAAUUGUCCAAUACUAUCAAUGGGAAGCAGUGAUUGCUAUAUAUGUAGACGAUGACUAUGGAAGGAGUGGCAUUGAUGCAUUAGCAGAUCAACUGGCUAAUAGGCGAUGUCAGAUCUCUCAUAAAGCACCUCUGAAACCUCAAGCAACAUUGGAAGAAGUGAGGGAUACUUUAGCUCAGCUGGCUCUAAUGGAAUCGCGAAUUAUUGUUGUUCACACUUAUGCUCAUAUGGGACUGAAUAUAUUUUCUCAGGCGAAGAAUUUAGGAAUGACAGAAAGUGGAUUCGCAUGGAUUGCUACUAAUUGGCUCUCCACUAUCUUUGACACGAUAGGUCCCCUAUCUUCAGAGGUAAUGGACAAUAUUCAAGGAACUAUUACAUUACGCACAUAUGUUCCGGAUUCUGAGGCAAAGAAGAACUUUGUCUCUAGGUGGAGCAAUUUGAGCAGAAGAGUUGGAACUAAUAGCACUUUUGGGAUGUGCACUUACGGUUUAUAUGCGUAUGACACUGUGUGGCUACUUGCUCGUGCUCUUGAUGCAUUCUUUAAACAGGGUGGAAAUGUUUCAUUUUCUAUAAAUCCUAUGCUAGAAACUGGCUUAAAUCUUUAUUCUAUGAAUGUCUUUGAUGGAGGGAAGUUAUUGCUUGACAACAUUUUGAAGACCAAUAUAACUGGUGUGACAGGGCUAUUCAAAUACACCUCAGACCGGGAACUCUAUCGCCCUGCAUUUGAAGUUAUCAAUGUGAUUGGAACUGGAAUCAGGAAAGUUGGUUACUGGUCUAAUUACUUUGGGUUAUCAGUAGUGCAUCCUGACUCUCCCUACUCUUAUCCGUCGAGUCGUUUAUCUUCUAGUCAACAACUAUAUACUGUGGUCUGGCCAGGAGAAACAACAGAAAAACCUCGAGGGUGGGUCUUUCCAAACAAUGGGAGGACACUGAAAGUAGGAGCCCCUAUUCGAGCUGGUCUUAAGGAAUUUGUUGAACGGGUACCAGGUACUGAUAUGUUCAAAGGGUACUGUAUUGAGGUCUUCACAACUGCACUAAACUAUUUGGCAUAUGCUGUACCAUUCAAAAUUUCCCCCUUUGGUGAAUCAAACUAUACAGAACUUCUUGGCCUAGUCCAUGAAGGGGUUUAUGAUGCAGCUGUGGGUACCAUUGCUAUCACAAGUAACCGGACAGAAAUGGUUGAUUUCACUCAGCCUUAUAUUCAGUCAGCCUACGUUGUGGUGGUACCAGUUAGAGAGAGGGGCUCUAGUGCUUGGGCUUUUCUUAGGCCAUUUACUCCUAUGAUGUGGUGUGUCACCGGAAUGUUUUUUCUUCUUAUUGGUGCAGCAAUUUGGGUUUUGGAGCAUAGAAUGAAUGAUGAUUUUCGUGGACGUCCAAGAGAUCAAAUUGAAACUAUAUUUUGGUUUGGGUUUUUGACAAUUGUCUCUGGCAACAAGGAAUCAAAUGUCAGGGUUAUCAGCACCUUAGGACGCCUUGUCCUUAUGAUAUGGCUAUUUGUGGUUUUGAUAAUAAACGAUAGUUACACUGCCAGCCUUGCCUCAAUGCUCAUGGUUCAACAUCUUUCUUCCCCAAUCAAAGGAAUUGAAAGCUUGUUAAAAACAAACGACCCCAUUGGUUACCAUCGUGGUUCAUUUAUUCGCAAUUAUCUGAUUGAAGAACUUGGCAUUCAUGAAUCCAGGCUCGUUCCUUUUAAUGUGACAGAAGAUUAUGCUAAAGCUUUAAGGGAUGGUCCCAGAAAAGGCGGUGUUGCUGCUGUGGUAGAUCAACGUGUUUAUAUGGAACUCUUCCUCUCAACCCACUGUGAAUUCUGUAUUGUAGGCCCAGAGUUUUUCAGAAGUGGAAUGGGAUUUGCCUUUCCGAAGGACUCUCAUCUGGCAGUUGAUAUGUCAACUGCAAUUCAGGAAUUGUCAGACAGUGGAGAGCUUCAAAGGAUCCAUGACAAGUGGCUAUUGAGAGGUGCUUGCAAAUCAGAAGACACACAGAAUGAAGUGAACCGGCUUCACCCGAAGUGCUUCUCAGGGCUGUUCUUAACGUGCGGAUUUGCAUGCCUUUUUGCCCUGCUGCUGCACUUCAGCUCUCUGGCAAUAUACUCCCACCCCGCUGAUCAAUCAUCGUCCAGUGAAAGCUCAUCAUGCCCCCGAACACUCCUUUCGUGUCUUGAUGAAAAGGACAGUUCAGUAAAAUAUCAUUCUAAAAGACGACAACUGCACCGGGUUUCUUCUUGAAGGACUGACUGAUAAAGGUGCAUAUUGAAUGACUGACUGGUUUACUCAACCUUAAAUAUCCUAUCAGUUUAGUAUAUAAAAUGUUAUCUAACCUAAAAGGAUUCCAAAGUUUAUGAACACAUGAAUUAAAGUUGUAUGUACAUGUAGCAGUAGUUUGUCUUUGUAUAUGCUUCACUUUGGACUAUUUAUAUGUGUGUCUGCCAUAUUAUAUAUGGAGUACUGUAAUGGCAAGUCUUGUUAUAGGUACCCUUGAGUCUUGACAACGAUAUAGUUUUCAGCUUCUACUUUCAUUCAAAAGAUUGCAUUUCGAUUUUAUAACUAAAUGAUAAAACAGAGAAAAAAAAAAUGUUUUAGAGGACUUUUGAAGCUA